AUGACUACCCCUCAGUCCCGCGUCAUCAUCGUGGGUGGCGGUGUAUUCGGGCUCAGUACCGCUCUCUGGCUUGCUCGCAGUGGCUAUAAAGACGUGACUAUCUUCGACCGUUGCAACUUUGACACCAACUACUACAAUCCAGCCGACGGCUGUGACGGUGCAUCCGCUGAUAUCAAUAAAAUCUUCCGAGCAACGUACGGGUCGCAAGAGCAUUCUCAAGAUCUUGCUUUAGAAGCCAGAGACAUUUGGCUGGAAUGGAACCGCUCUAUCAAAGAAAGUCAUCCAUCUGACCUUCCGCGUCCGCUGACACCGGAAGAUGAACUUCUCACACUGUGUGGUGUGUAUCAUCUCGCCGAUGGACCUGACAUGAUACCGCGUUAUGUGGAGAAUUUGCGGGUGAUGGAGGACACUGCGCCUAGUUUCCGUGAUCUGCAGUUUAUCAAGGAUAAUGCUGCCGAUGAAAAGCGAGCUGGCGCACGGGGUACUGAAUGGGCGAAGAAGUACCACCUUUUUGAUCAAUUCAAAAAUGGCGCCACGAAUGGAUUUUUGGAUGCCGGCUCAGGAAUCACCUUAGCUGAUAAAGCCUGCGUAUAUGCACGCCACUUAUGCCAAAAGGCCGGUGUCAAAUUCGUCCUUGGGCGUCCUCAUGGCGAGCUUGACCGUUUGAUCACCGAGGAAAUUGGCACUUCCAAGCAAGUGAAGGGCAUCAAGACCCGCGAUGGGCUGACACAUUUCGCCGAUCUGGUUGUAGUUGCCUGCGGCCCAUGGACAGCAGGUGUUCUCCCUGAAGCAAGUCGGUCGGUCGAAGCCACAAUGGGAACAGUCAUGUUCAUCGAUAUCCCAGAGGACCGCAAAGACCUGCGAGAGAAGUUCCACCCAGAUAACAUUCCGGUGUGGCGAUUUAUCCAAGGUGAAGGUGAAGGAGGUUACGAGGGUGGUGGAUUCCCCAUCACUCGGGAAGGAAGAUUGAAAUUUGGAUUCCGUGCCCGAAAGAUCAUCCAACAGAAAAGAAUACAACCGAUCCAUACUGUGCCACUCUAUGGGCUAGAGCUCAUGAAGCAAGUGAUAGGCGGGCUAUUCCCGGAGUUAGCUGAAAUUGGAUUCACAGACAGCAGGCUAUGCUGGUACACCGACAGUAUCGAUAACGAGUUUGUGAUUGAUUAUGUCCCGGGAUAUUCUGAUUCUUUGUUCAUCUGUACUGGCCAUGGAUUCAAGUUUCUUCCUAUUCUUGGCAAGUAUGUCAAGAAUCAACUCGAAAAGGUCCCAGAUAGAUUUACCCCAUUUUGGAAGUGGAGAAGCGUGGAAGAAGGCAAGAACUGCAACGGCCUCGAAGAAGGAGAAGCCGGUCCCCGUGAGAUGUCCAAGUUGAAACUGGCAAAGCCCCAAGACUUUCAAUUCACGGUGAAAGGGUCUGGUACCUCUUCCAACUCUCUACGGUUGAAUGUGAGAUCAGGAGAAAAGUCACAACUUUAG